AUGAUCCACCGGCAGCUCGUUUUGUCCCAGAACUUGUACCAGAAUAGGUUCCUGGGCCUAGCGGCUAUGGCCUCCCCAACUCGCAGCAGCCAGACCCGCCAACGCUGCAAGGGUGCGGUUCGUCACAGCUACGGCCCAGACAGCUACGCUGUGAACGGCCUGAACCAGGAGGCCUUUAUGCUUGGGCUGGCAAGGUCCACCAGUGACACUGAUCUGGUCUCGCCGGAUGCCCGAUCCACCCUCACCAUCAGCUCCUCCCACUACACCAUAGGUCAGUCUGAGGACCUGGUUAUCACAUGGGACAUCAAGGAGGACGUGGAUGCUGGAGACUGGAUUGGAAUGUAUCAAGUUGAUGAGGCUUUGUCGGAGAACUUUCUGGACUAUAAGAACCGAGGAAUCAACGGCUCCCACAGGGGACAGAUAGUAUGGAAAAUUGACUCCAGCUCCAACAUCAUUGACUCUGAGACCCAGGUCUGCUUCAGGUACUACCACGGCGUCACUGGAGCACUGAGAGCUACAACACCCACUGUAACCAUCAAGAAGGGCCCGGCACCCGUAUUAAAGCCAGUGGUUAGUCCUGAAGUCAACCAUGGACUGGGCAACAGGAGACUCAUCAACUUUUCUCUGUCAGACCUCCAGGCAGUUGGUUUGAAGAAGGGGAUGUUCUUCAAUCCUGACCCCUACCUGAAGCUCUCCAUCCAGCCUGGAAAGCACAGCAUCUUCCCCUCGCUGCCACACCAUGGCCAGGAGAAACGCUCCAGAGUGGUCUGCAACACUGUCAACCCACAGUGGAGCAUAGAGAGGUUCACCUUUGUGUCUCUGCCCACUGACGUCCUGGAGAUCGAGGUGAAGGACAAGUUCGCCAAGAGUCGACCGAUCAUCAAGCGUUUCCUGGGGAAGCUCUCUGUCCCUGUCCAGAGGCUCCUGGAAAAACAUGCCAUCGGGGAUCGGGUCGUGAGUUACUCUCUGGGCCGCAGGUUACCAACAGAUCAUGUGUGUGGCCAGCUGCAGUUCCGCUUUGAGCUGACCACCUCCAUUCACCAAGAUGAGGACUCCCUGGUCAUCGAGCCAGCGUGUCCUGAGGGGGAGACUGCAGAAGAUGCCAACCACGCUGCUGAUCCACCUGAUGACGACACACUGAGCGUGGGACCAGACAUGCCUGACCUUCCCUUAGAUGCCUCUCCUAACUCUGAGACGUCUGCACCCCCAUCCCCCGCAGCUGAGGAGUCAACACCCGAGGAGGUGCGACCUGGUGCUGAGAUGGAGAUGGAGGCGCCACCGGAGGUGGAGCAAGGAUCCACGGAGGAGGAGAGCACAGAGAGGCAGGAGCCCCCGUCUACUGAGCCCCAGGUGGAGCAGGAGGAGGGGGCCUCAGCUCCGCAGCAGGAGGAGAGCAGUGGAGUAGGGGAAAACGAGGGAGGAAAAGAUGACAGGCAGUCGGAGGAAGAAGAGGAGGACCAGAUGGAAGUGUCAGCACCACAGGCGGAGGAGGUAACAGAGGAAGAAAUGGAGGUUGGGCAGGAAACUCAGCCAAAGCCAGACUGUGACAAUCCUGUAGCACUAACAAUAAAUGAUGGGGGCACUACUUUGGAGGAUCCCACUGAGGAAACCCAGGACGCUCCUUCAGAGCCAGCGGGCAGUGCCCAACAGGAGGGGACAGAGGACGGAGAGAGAGGCUGCAUCCCCUGUGCUUGCAAGUCCCUGUUCUCAAACCACAACUCCCAUGCUCCCUCGCGCCGUAAAACCCGCCCCUGCUCCCUCCCUGUGUCAGAGCUGGAGACAGUGAUCGCCUCGGCCUGUGGUGAGCCGGAGACACCGCGAUCCCACUACAUCCGGAUUCACCACCUCCUUCACAGCCUCCCGUCGGCCCAACAGAGAGCUCCUAGCCAGGAGGAAGAGGAGGCCGAAGAGGGAGAGAUCACAAUCACCUCUCAAGAAACAUCCUCCACAUCACCUACGCUCAAAACAUCCAAAGACAGAGAGGAGGAGGGGCAGGAGGACGAGGAAGAGGAGGAUACAACCCAGUCUCCUUCUCAGGUCCUGGAGUGUCCAGGUCCUUGCUGCCGGCGAUCUCUCCCCCGUAGCCUCUCCAUCGAACGCCUCUCUGAGCUUAACCAGCUCUUGGAGGGUGAAGGAGGACACCCCGCCAUCAGGAGGAUCUCUCCCUCCUGUUUAGAGAACGAGGAGGGGGACUCCAGUACUGGAGGAGGAGGAGGAAGAAGAGUCGGCGGGAGCACCAACAGACCUCCAAAUGAAAACGAGUGCGAGUUUUGCGACACGUCCUGCUACAGCACGUCCUGCUACAGCACUUCCUGUUACAGUACGUCCUGCUACAGCAACUCAGGCUAUGAGGGGAGGAGCCGCUUCUGCAGCCACACCCGCCUGUCAUCAGUGGACAGCAACAGGCUCUCCGGCAGCACUGUGUUCUCCUCGCAGGAUGAAGAAGAAGAUGAGGAGAGCGCCUUUGAGUCGGUACCUGAUACGGCGAAUGCACCCGAGGGCCAGGAGGCGGGCGGGGCCGGAGGCGAGAGGAGGACGGGGAGGUUAAAGGAGGCCAGAAGGGGAGAGCAGGUGGAACCAGCUGUGGCCGGACCCAGCGACAGAAACAGCAUUGGCUCAGACUUCUCCCCUCCUGUCGGCCAUCUUCCAGUCCUGCGACCCAGCCAUGACCUUAACCAUUAUCCUGCUGCCACUGACCAAGCCUUACCUCCAAACUGGGAAGCUCGCAUCGACAGCCACGGCAGAGUUUUCUACGUGGACCACGUCAACCGCACUACAACCUGGCAGAGGCCGAGCAACAGCGACAAGUGUAACCAUGGCAUCCCUCGCUCAGGGUCCACCCAGCAGAUGGAGCAACUCAACAGGAGGUACCAGAACAUCCAGAGGACGAUGGCCACAGAGGAGGAAGGAGGCAGUCAGAGGUUAGAGAGGAGCAGCAGCACAGAGACUGAUUCUGACUCUGCUCCGACAGGCCCCUCCUCCCCUGUCAAUCAUCAGAAGAUCAGCCAUCUCCUCCAAUCACCCGCUGUCAAGUUCAUCACACACCCCGAAUUCUUCACUAUGUUGCAUAGUAACUAUACAGCCUACAGGAUGUUCACCAGCAGCAGCUGCGUAAAGCACAUGAUCCUGAAGGUGCGCCGCGAUGCCAGGAACUUUGAGCGGUACCAACACAACCGGGACCUGGUGGUUUUCCUCAACAAGUUCGCAGACAUGCAGAUGGAGCUGCCUAGGGGCUGGGAGAUCAAGACCGACCCCCAGGGCAAGUCUUUCUUUGUGGACCACAACAGUCGAGCAACAACCUUCAUAGACCCUCGGAUCCCUCUGCAGAACGGCCGACUGCCGGGCCCCCUCGCCCACAGGCAGCACCUACAGAGACUACGCAGCUACAGCGCAGGGGAGGCCUCCGAUGUGUCCAGGAGCCGGGUGGCUUCUCUGAUGGCCCGGCCAGGAAACAGUCUGGUAGCCGCCAUAAGAAGCCAGCAUCACACUGACUCACCACUGACCCCUCCAACUUACAAUGACAAGAUCGUUGCAUUCCUCCGACAGCCGAACAUUUUUGAAAUGUUACAGGAGCGACAGCCCAGCCUGAGCAGAAACCACGCACUCAGGGAGAAGAUCCACUACAUUCGGACAGAGGGGACCCAGGGGGUGGAGAAGCUGUCAUGUGAUGCAGACCUGGUCAUUCUGUUGAGUUUAUGUGAAGAGGAAAUCAUGUCCUAUGUUCCACCUCACCCCAUCCACCCCGGGUUCAGCUUCUCUCCUCGCUGUUCUCCCGCCUCCUCACCACAGAACUCUCCCGGCUUACAGAGGGCCAGGGCUCCAGCUCCGUACCGCAGAGACUUUGAAGCCAAACUGAGAAACUUCUACAGGAAAUUAGAAGCAAAGGGCUACGGCCAAGGACCGGGCAAAAUUAAGUUGCUGAUCAGGAGAGAACACCUACUGGAAGGAACCUUUAACCAGGUCAUGGCGUACUCCCGCAAAGAGCUGCAGCGGAACAAACUCUACGUCACCUUCCUGGGGGAGGAGGGGUUGGAUUACAGCGGUCCAUCCAGGGAGUUCUUCUUCCUCUUGUCUCAAGAGAUGUUUAACCCGUAUUAUGGCCUCUUUGAAUACUCAGCCAACGACACUUAUACUGUUCAGAUCAGCCCAAUGUCGGCGUUUGUCGAGAACCAUCUGGAAUGGUUCCGUUUCAGCGGUCGUAUCCUGGGCCUGGCUUUGAUUCAUCAGUACCUGCUGGAUGCUUUCUUCACCAGACCUUUCUACAAGGCCCUGCUCAGACUGCCGACAGACUUAUCGGAUCUGGAGUAUCUGGACGAGGAGUUCCACCAGUCUCUGCAAUGGAUGAAAGACAACGAUAUCACCGACAUCCUGGACCUCACCUUCACCGUCAACGAGGAAGUUUUUGGCCAGGUAACGGAACGGGAGUUGAAGUCAGGCGGCUCCAACCUGCAGGUGACGGAGAAGAACAAGAAGGAUUACAUAGAGCGAAUGGCCAAGUGGAGAGUGGAGAGAGGGGUGGUGCAGCAGACUGAGGCCUUGGUCAGAGGAUUCUAUGAGGUGGUUGACUCCAGGCUGGUGUCUGUAUUCGAUGCACGGGAGCUGGAGCUGGUUAUUGCCGGGACAGUUGAGAUCGACCUCUGUGAUUGGAGAAGCAACACAGAGUACAGAGGAGGUUACCAUGAUGGUCACAUCGUGAUGCGCUGGUUUUGGGCUGCGGUGGAGCGCUUCAACAAUGAGCAGCGCCUGCGCCUGCUGCAGUUCGUCACAGGGACGUCCAGCGUGCCCUAUGAAGGCUUUGCUGCCCUGCGGGGAUCCAACGGCCUGCGACGCUUCUGCAUCGAGAAGUGGGGCAAAGUCACAUCUCUACCCAGGGCUCAUACCUGUUUUAACCGCCUGGACCUGCCUCCAUACCCUUCAUACACCAUGUUGUAUGAGAAACUGCUAAUCGCUGUGGAGGAAACCAGCACAUUUGGCCUGGAGUGACACAGACAGAAAAUAAGUCAACACUGCAUCCGUCCAGGUGACACACCUGGCUGGGCCAUACUGCGAAGGAAAAAGCUCUGGUUCUGGUUGGUUCAUGUGGCACAGAUACCUGGAUUGUACUGAACAAAGAGGUUUUGGUCGUGUGGAUGUAUUUAUGUCACUGUCACGUUACCAUGUGUUGAAAUCUUUCACUUAGCUAUGCGGAUGUUUAUGAUAGCACCCAGCACUUAGUACACUACGGAAGGUCGAGAGUUAUUUUUAUAUUAAUCAUUAAGACCGUAUAAAAUGAAACUACUGAUAUGGCGAUACAUGUAUACAAAAAGAAAGGGUAUACAAGAUGGAUUCAAGAUCAUUUAUAGUUGCAUGCCCCAAAAUGCAUAAUCCAUCCAAUGAUAAAAAUAUUUACAUAUAUAUAUCAUAACAAAAGCAAAGUAAAAGUAAGAAAAAACAGUGACAUGCCUGGUUUGAAAUUUUUUAAAUAUUUAAGUAAUAAAUCAACAAGUAAUGAAAGAUAGAAAAUGCUUAUACAGAAAAAGACAAAGAAACAAAUGAAUAGAAUCAGAGAGAAUAAUAAACGGUAUAAAGACAAGAGAAGUUUAAAUUGAAGCAUGUUAGACAUCGAACGAGGAUUGGAGAAGUAAAAUUACACUUUUACUUGGAAGAAGUUGUCUGCUGAGGAAACAUUUUGUUUUACAAAUUUUCAUCCUGUGAAUCCUGCGAAUAGUGACGUUGAAAUUUGUAAAUCUUCUUUGUGAAUUCAAAAUUGAAUGCUAUUGAUGCGUGCACAGUCCUGCACACAAAUUCUCAGGUGGUUUGCUGCUCGAAUAUAAUUCUGAUAAUAGUAAAUUAUUUACUCAUCCAUUCAGAUAAUCUAUAAAUGUUGCUUUAAAAAAGUAGUUCAGAGUAUAAUACAGAAGCGUAGCAGCAAAAGGAACAAUCAUCUUUGGUUUUUAAUCUGGAGAGCCAGCAAGAAUCUGCAUUGUGGCAGGUCAAUAGGAUCUCAGACUGGGACCUUAAGAAAUGCGGGAUCAAAGAAAUGCAAUGUAGCAAGGCCUCAGGUAGAGCUUGACAAACAAAUCUAUAAUUAGAACUAGUGUAAAGAUGCUUAAAUUAUAUAAACCUCCUCUGUUUGCUUCAUUCUAAGAAGUAGUCACCGCACAUUUACUUUAGCAGAAGGCAUUUGGCAAACAAACAAAUUAUUCAGACCACUAGAAGGCUGGUAUAACUCUUUUCCUAUCCACAAGAAUGAGAGGGUCCACUGUGCAGGCGUCCGUCCCCCCCCUCCAAUAUGUUAGCAUUGACUUGUCCACGCUGGUCUGUGUGGCCACUACGCUGCAAGGGCACCAAUUGCUCAUGCACCUAUCAAAGCAGAUUCCCUAUGGACAAGAAAUAAGUAUAACAACUACGCACCUGUGAUGUCCUCAGCUACAUACAACAGCAUGUGUGAAAAUAAAAAACAGCCCAAAACAGAACUAUAGGAUUUGGAUAAGAUUACCAAUAUAAUUAGCUUGGAAGGACCACUGGACCACGGACGGGAUACUUCAAUGUAGGAAACAGUUUAGCCAUCAAUGCACAUUAAGUUGUUAUCCUCUUAGUUAACCAAAGUCAGUGCUUUUCUUCAGCAAACAAUUCAGUAUGGAGCGGUGACACUGGAGAAGUGCUGAGAAGAAAGAAACAGGAAUGAUCAUGCACACAGGAAUUAGGAACAGAGUAAUAGUGGACUACUUCAUACUACAAACAUCCUUCAGUUAAGAAUUGCGAUACAGAACACUAACAGCUAAUCCAGCGAAUGGGUGUGUCACACCCUCUUAAAUGGGUGGGUCUUAUGGGUAGUUACAGGCUCUGCAGCUACUACAAUACCUUCAGUUCCAGUUCUGAUACUACCUGCAUCUUCCCAUUCUCUGUGUCCCAGGGGCACAAAUAUUUCGUUAUCUUUGGACAGGAACAGAAAGAACUUCCAACAGUCUCUCCAAGCCGUCUGUCUCUGCAAGGCUAUUAACAGCAGAGACAGUGAUGUCAUGUCUCCUCUUUCAUAGUAGCCAUCAAUUCCAAAACAAGGGCUUCUGAGAUUUCCUCUGUGGAGUAUGGUCACGUUGACCCAGCAAACAGGUAGUUCAUGAGUCCUUGACUAAAAAUAAUGCACAUGUCUACUCCAACUUGAUGAAGAGGACUUUAUGUGAAACCUGUUGGCCAGAACGGUGCUUCAUCUAUCAGCAUCUCUGGUCCUGCUGUUUGAAUGGGAGCUUCUUGUACUCUUAUUCAGGUCUUCCACUGAUGAAGCUCUCUGUCUGUGUACCAGGGUGUUGCUCUGUGCACCGAGCAGGUACUCCAACAUCUGAACCUUUACUGUCUCAAACAAGGGGACUAGUGCAAAACAGCAUGUGGGUCUUCUAGGGCUUCAUCGGAUCGGGAUCCUUAACUGAUAAAGUUGUUCUGCUAUAAACUUCUGGUGGACAGGGGCCCUUGGAUGAACCAGUGUACUAUAUGCAAUAGUUAAUAGACUGCAACAUAAGUCUGUUUCACAGUCUGCCAUAUUCUUUAGGACAGUGACUGACUGCAGUGUUCCCUCCACAUUCCUGACCCUCUGUCUACAUCUCUUGUCCAGUAAUGAAACUGUGCCUCAGUUACUUACUGCCUCAUAUGUGACCUGUGAUUUUCAUACUUGAUACUUCAUAUCAGACAGGUCCUGAGUUCAGAAUUUGCAUUGGUUCCUUUUGAAAACUGUUUACAUCUUCCUCCUGGUGUUCACAUGGCUUUCCUGUCACGCUCAAAACACAACUCGAGUUUGCCAGAAACUCUGACACCGGAUUUACACUAAUCAUCUUGCACAGAAAUUAAAUAUCUAAUAUCCCAAAAACUCAGAAAAAUGCAACCAGACCCAUAACAGCUGGAUUGAAAUCUGACACAUUUUAGCAAGAUGUGUCAAAGGUGUAAAAGCUUUAAUCUCUCAAGGCCACAUACGUUACAGUUUGUCAUUGCAACCAUUGUAUGAGCUGUAUAAACUUAAAGGGAAGAUCCACUGAUUUGAAACUGACACUGAAGUGUUCUCAGGUGUUGCGUGGUACCACUGCAUAUGUGAAAACAGUUGUACAAAGCCUUUUUUAAUCUCCGUAGUGAGCUGUGUGAAGUCUGAUAAAUGUCUUCAAGUUAUGUCUCUUGUGUCAGUGUCAGCUGGGUCUAAAGAUGACUAGUUGGAAAAUGAAAACAAUCUGCGGGUGGGAAGUUAAAAAGAAGAGAGUUUACCACUGUCAUGUAGCUCGCUCCUCAUUUCUGAGGCUUCAGGCUACAUUAGCCUCUAUUAGCAAAACAGACAGUUGCAAUGAGGAAGAAAGUGGGAAAUAAAAAAGUCUGAUUUUAUUUAUUUAUAGUCCAUUAAUGCGAGUCGUCCCUGAGUUCUUUAGCUUAAAUUAGUUUAGUGCCAAACUCUAACCACACCAUAACCACACCUAUUUGCCAUGAGGACACUCUUUACCAACCUUAAACACAAUGCUUUUGCAAUAAAUUUGCAGGAUAUUGUAUAAAGCAAGAAUUUUGUUUGAUUGUUAAAUAAACAUCCGACAGAGAGGGUGUAUUCUGGCAAUGGGGUUAAGUUAUGAGUCAAGUGCAAUUGGGUCCUAAAUUAAGAGAUUGGCCACCUGGUGCCCUGUUUUCAACCCAUUGCAAGCUGUUAAAGAUUCAGCGACCCACCUCCUAAUCCUCCAUAGAGAUUCCAGGCUUUUUUGUUCCCCACAUGACGUUAUACUAUUUUAUUUAUUAUACUCUUAACAGUUGAAUUCACAAGAUCAAUGGAAUGAUGCUUGAUACGAUGCUUGUUGUGUUUUAUCCGCUCAAUCACUGAGAAUAAUCAAAAUGGGGUAAUUGGGACGCUGCAAAAGCAACAGAAAUUAGGGAUACCAUGUUUAAUUGUUGCAGUAGGACAGACCACAGUUUAUGUGAUGAGUAGACAUUGUGAGUUUAGGAAUAGAUUUGAUCAGAGUCCGAUAUAACUGUACUGGCAGUGAGAACAUUUGCAACACUGUGGCGAGGCCUUAUCCACACAUUUCUCCGACCUACAGGACAAGGCUGUGAUUAUGUUGCAUUCCCAGUGUUUUUUUCUACAAAUCUUUUGUACUGUUAUUUAUACUGUAUUGUAAUUAUAAGUGAAGGAAAGUCCUGAAGCUUUCCUUGAAUGUUUUGUUUGUUUGCUUUUUUUUUUUUAUUUCUUUUUUUUAAAGAAGCAUCAGUCCAACAGUUUGCCUUCACUUUCGAAGCCUUUGUGUUUUAAUAUGUGUCUUUUUAAUUAUCUAUUAAACUAGCUGGUCAUCUGUCGCUACGUUAAGCGCUGCAUUAAGCUACGUUACCAAUCAGUUCACAGUGUCUCUGUUUUUUCUAAUUAACAAUGUCACUGGUGGCAUCAUCACAAUCAUUAUUAAGGUUCUGUCAAUGCCUUCACUGAUUUUUCUUCCAUGUCAUAGCUUAUAUAUAUAUACAUAUAUACAUAUAUAGAUAGAUCAUUUUACUGUACCAUGAAUUUAAAAGCCAAGUGUAUUCAGUAAGUAAUCUGUGCUAGAGCAAUUUUGACAACAAAUGAAAUGCAUAAAAAUAAGAGAUUUUUGUAUGUAAUUUGAUGUAAAAUGUAAAGACAGUGUAAAGAAGUCUUGCUCUUAUUGGGUUUAUAUGUUGAAUACAUGCAUUGUAGAUCUUGAACACUGGUAUUUGAUCUGGAACACGGAAAAACACUCCCAUAACAUGGAUGCAUUAGUGCACUGAGUCAAGCUUUCAGAGAAAUAUUUAAGUAAGCUUUUGGACAAGUAAUAAAUCAUGGGGCGUCUACACAGGGGUGAAGUGGUGGCAAAUUGUAGCAGCAGUUUGGUAUUUCUGUCUGUUCAAGUUAUUUAUUUUUCUUCAUUUUUAUUUUACAAAAGGGAAUUUUAGCAAAGAGAAUAUGUGAAUGACUCGAUGGAUGGUGGCCAAUUUACUGGGAAGUGACACUGAAGCAUGCAUAUUCGUGUAUGUGUGUCCGUGUGUGUGUGUGUUUGUGUGUAUGUCCAGGUGUGUGUCUGAGAGAGAAAGAGAGAGUGUAUUACACACUGUGUGUACAUAAUGUUGAAAAGUACAGCUCUGUCUGCG